UCUUGUGCGCAGCAAGGUGGCCUCCACGUUCCCCUCGCGUCUUCUCCGCUUCUGCCUCGACCGCCCCUUGAGUCCGGCGGGCAUGUCUCGGGAUCGCUUCCGGAGCCGCGGCGGCGGCGGCGGCUUCCACCGCAGGGGCGGCGGCGGCGGCCGCGGGGGGCUCCACGACUUCCGCUCGCCGCCGCCCGGCAUGGGCCUCAACCAGAAUCGCGGGCCGCCGCUGGGCCCGAUGCCGGGCGGCCCCAAGCCGCCGAUCCCGCCGCCGCCGCCGCACCAGCAGCAGCAGCAGCCGCCGCCGCCGCAGCAGCCGCCGCCACAGUCGCCGCAGCAGCAGCCGCAGCCCCCGCCGCAGCCGCAGCCGCCUCCCCUGCAGCCGCCGCACGCGCACCCGCAGCAGCCGCCGCCGCAGGACGCGCCCCAAGCCCGGGGCCGCCGGCCAACGCGCCCGGACCCGCGCCCCCCCGGCACGCCGCCCAGCGCCGGCGCGCCCCCCGGGCCCGGCCCUGCGCCCACGCCGCCGCCCGCCGGCGCCCCGCCGCCCCCCGGCGCGCCGCCCCCCGGAGCCCCGGCCGCCGCGUCCCCAGCACCACCGCCGCAGGCCGCCGGCCCGCCGCCGAACGUCGCGGGGGGCCCCGGGCCCGGCCCCAAGCCCGGCGUCGGCGUCGGGGGCCCCAAGGGCGCCGUCAAGAUGCCCGGCGGGCCCAAGCCCGGCGGCGGCCCCGGCCCCGGCCUCGGCGGGCCCGGCGGCCAUCCCAAGCCGCCGCCGCCCCACCGCGGCGGGGGCAGCGGCGAGCCUCGCGGCGGCCGGCAGCACCACGCGCCUUACCACCAGCAGCAGCAGCAGCACCACCAGGGGCCCCCGCCCGGAGGCCCCGCCGGCCGCGCCGAGGAGAAGAUCUCGGACUCGGAGGGGUUUAAAGCCAACUUGUCUCUCUUGAGGAGGCCUGGAGAGAAAACUUAUACUCAGCGUUGCCGGUUGUUUGUUGGUAAUCUACCAGCUGAUAUCACAGAGGAUGAAUUCAAAAGACUAUUCGCUAAAUAUGGAGAACCAGGAGAAGUUUUUAUCAACAAAUGCAAAGGAUUUGGAUUUAUUAAGCUUGAGUCUAGAGCUUUGGCUGAAAUUGCUAAGGCUGAACUUGAUGAUACACCCAUGAGGGGUAGACAGCUACGAGUUCGAUUUGCCACACAUGCUGCUGCCCUAUCUGUUCGUAACCUGUCACCCUAUGUUUCCAAUGAAUUGUUGGAAGAAGCCUUUAGCCAAUUUGGUCCCAUUGAAAGGGCAGUUGUAAUUGUGGAUGAUCGUGGACGAUCUACUGGGAAAGGCAUUGUGGAAUUUGCAUCUAAACCAGCAGCAAGGAAAGCAUUUGAAAGAUGCAGUGAAGGGGUUUUCUUACUUACAACAACUCCUCGACCAGUCAUCGUGGAACCUCUGGAACAAUUAGAUGAUGAAGAUGGUCUUCCUGAAAAACUUGCACAGAAGAAUCCAAAGUAUCAAAAGGAGAGAGAGACACCACCUCGUUUUGCCCAGCAUGGCACAUUUGAAUAUGAAUAUUCACAGCGGUGGAAGUCCUUGGAUGAAAUGGAAAAACAGCAAAGGGAGCAAGUUGAAAAAAACAUGAAAGAUGCAAAAGAUAAAUUGGAAAGUGAAAUGGAAGAUGCUUAUCAUGAACAUCAGGCAAACCUUCUGCGUCAAGAUCUGAUGAGACGCCAGGAAGAAUUAAGACGCAUGGAAGAGCUUCACAAUCAAGAGAUGCAGAAACGUAAAGAAAUGCAGUUGAGGCAAGAAGAGGAACGACGCAGAAGGGAAGAAGAAAUGAUGAUACGACAACGUGAGAUGGAAGAACAAAUGAGACGCCAAAGAGAAGAAAGUUACAGCCGCAUGGGCUACAUGGAUCCAAGAGAAAGAGACAUGAGAAUGGGAGGUGGAGGAGCAAUGAACAUGGGAGAUCCUUACGGUUCAGGAGGCCAGAAAUUUCCACCUCUAGGUGGUGGUGGUGGCAUAGGUUAUGAAGCUAACCCUGGCGUUCCACCAGCAACCAUGAGUGGUUCCAUGAUGGGAAGUGACAUGCGUACUGAUCGCUUUGGGCAGGGAGGUGCGGGACCUGUGGGUGGACAGGGUCCUAGAGGAAUGGGGCCCGGAACUCCAGCAGGAUAUGGUAGAGGGAGAGAAGAGUAUGAAGGCCCAAACAAAAAACCCCGAUUUUAGAUGUGAUGCCUAGGCUUUCAUUCCAGUUUGUUUUUGUCUUUUCUUGUUUAGAUACCAAUCUUUUAAAUUCUUGCAUUUUAGUAAGAAAGCUACCUUUUUAUGGAUGUUAGUUUAUUGACCUAAUAUUUGUAAAUGGUCUGUUUGGGCAGGUAAAAUUAUGUAAUGCAGUGUUCGAAACAGGAAAUUUUUUUCCUUUUUAUUUCUUUUUUUUUUUAAACUGUAUAAUGUCCCUCAAGUUAUGGCAGUGUACCUUGUGCCACUGAACUUCCAAAGUGUACCAAUUUUUUUUUACUGUGCUUCAAAUAAAUAGAAAAAAUAGUUAAUUAUUGAUCUUUAACUUUGCCAUUCAUGCUUCUAUGCACAUUAGGCUAUAUAUAGGUAAUUCACUUUGAAAGCAUGAGCGUGUUUAGGCCUUUGAAUGGCAUUUGCCAUUUCUGGGAAAUGUAUUUGUAGGCUAAGAUUUGCUUUCUACAAAUAAGUAGCCCCUUGUUUUAAAAUGAAAUGAAGACAUGCAUAUUGAAGUAGUUUGAUUUGUUUGGCAAUAUAGGACACAAGCCUGGUGCUAAGUAUUUUCAAAUGGUUAUGUAAGCAAAGCUGAACUGUAACUUUAUUUAGGAAUGUGUAUUAAGAUGAUGGAAUGGAAUUGGGUGUAAGACGACUGGUAGGGGGAGAAAGUGGGUAUGACUAAAUGAAUCUUUUAUGGGACUAUGAUCUAUCUUUUUCCUUGGAAAUUUUUGAAGAAAAAACAAAGAUCACUUUGUUGCAUUCCUCCAUUCUUUUUUUUUUUUUAAGCAAGAAAUCCCAAGCCCUACAAAUGGCUUGUAUUAAUCUUUCACAUUUGAAUUAAAGAUUGUCAAACAUGAAGUCUUUUCAUGUAUUACUUCUAGAAAGAGCUCAGUCUGAAAAUACCCAGCCUGAAAGGAGUUUAGUAACCUUAAAAUAGAUGAACAAUUAAAUAACAUAUGCACUUAAUUUUUUACAGUGCCUUGUGCUAUUUCUGUUGAAAAAAAUUUGGACUAUAGAAAUCUACUUUGCCUAGGUGCCAGUGAUUACAACAAAUUAGGGUUACUAUGACAAACCAUUUUUACUGUAAAUUUGACUUCACUUUCCAGUUUUCCUUCUGAUGUAGCACUAAAUUGAAGAUGUAGUGUAUGCCACAUGGUACAAAAUACCCCUUUCCCCAUCAUAUCACCAUAAAGCUUUGGAGUAUUUGGAUGGUGUUGUCAGUUUGUCAAUGUCAUUGAAUCUCCUUCCAUGAGAAUGAGACAUUUUGACUUCAGCAGAUCAUUACUGUUGUCUUUAGUACAAUGGGAACUUAACUUUCCUGGUGUAAAUAUGCUAGCAGAGGAACAAUUUCAAAUGUAGUAAAAGUGAAUGGUUUGGCUUUUGUUCUUAGUUAUUUUUCCAAAUUUGUACAUUAUAGAACUCUUAAAAUGAAUGUGUCUUUCCUAUUCACCGCUGUUCUUGUUGCCAAUUGGCAAAAGUAAAUUUUAAAUCAAGUCUGUUAAAA